AUGUGGUCGAGUAAGAUUGCAGUCCUGUCGCUACUGUGGUUUGGUGUCUGUGUUGCACAGAAUGUGAAUAAUGGAUCGAAACUGUUUUGCUAUUAUGAUGGCAGCUUCUAUGAGAAGAACGAUGUUAUUAAUAUAACCAUAGCGGAAAUUGAAGCUGCGCUACCGCUGUGUAAUUACCUUAUUUAUGGCUACGCUCAAGUGGAUGCCGUAACAAAUCGUUUGAGUCCGCGAAACGCCACUUUGGAGUUGGACGCGGGCAAAGGAUACUAUCGCGAUGUCACAUCGCUGAAGAGGCGCUUUCCGGGACUCAAGAUAUUCCUGAGCGUCGGUGGUAACCGAGAUGUGUUGUCGAAAGGAAUUUUCCAGAAGUAUCUCUCAUUGCUUGAGUCGGAGAAUGCUCGUAAGGCGUUCAUCGCUAGUGCGUAUGCAACCUUGAAGACGUACGGCUUCGACGGAUUGGAUCUAGCGUGGCAGUUUCCGCAAACGAAACCGAAACGCAUUCGAGCAUGGUCCGGGCAGCUGUGGCAUGACUUCAAGAAACUGUUCACCGGCGAUAGCAUUCUCGAUCCGAAGGCCGAACAACAUCGUGAACAAUUUGUGUCGCUGGUUCGUGAUUUGAAGACUGCGUUCCAGGCGGACCACCUCGAAUUGAUGUACACCCAGCUGCCGCAUGUGAAUCACACGGUCUUUCUGAAUGUUUCACAGCUGAAAGACACACUGGAUUACGUCAAUGUGGCGGCUUACGAUCAACAAACUUCCGUGCGUAACCCAAAAGAGGCCGAUUACUUUGCACCUCUCUACGAUCUCACGGACCGUGUCCCGGGAAAUAGCGUCGAUGGCAUGGUGAAUGCAUGGAGUUCUCAGGGGAUGCCGCUGAAUAAGAUCGUCGUUGGUGUCGCCGCGUACGCUCGUGGAUGGAAGCUGGUGGAGGAAUCCGGUACCACCGGUGUCCCCCCAAUCCGGGUUGAUGGUCCCUCCGAAGAGGGAGGGUUCACGCAAACUCCCGGCUUCUACAGCUUCGGCGAGGUGUGCUUUCGACUUCGAAAUUAUACGGGUCUGAGACCAAAGUCGAUGGUAGAUCCUACGCUGACGAAAGUCGAAGAUCCUACCGGGCGAAUCGGUCCGUACGCUUUCCGCUUUCCGAUGCCUAAGCAGAGUGGGGUUUGGAUGUCGUACGAAAAUCCGACCAGCAUUGGCCACAAGGCGGCGUACGUGAGGGCGAAGGGUCUGGCCGGCAUUUCGGUCAACGAUCUGGCGCUGGAUGACUAUCGUGGUCAAUAUUUCGAAGAAAAGUUUCCAAUCGUACGCGCGGUUAGGGAUCAUUUGUGAAAUUCUGUUCGAAACGAAGUUAUGCGAUCAAUAAUGCCAUACAUUUUUCGUUUAAAACAUAUGAUCCACGCAAGCAUUAUUCUUAUCAACUACUUAGAAUCUUCUUAUUUGUCCUUGUUCACUUAUCAACUGUUAAUGAAUUCCAAACCCAGUUAGUUCUACGUUAUAAAGGCCUCGCUCUGCACAACACAUGUAAAAGUCAGUAUGAAAAA